AUGCACAAAGAUGCUGGUGAGAAGGAAGAAAUCAAAAACGAAACGGGACAGUUGUUGCUUAGAGUGGACGGAGGGGCCAUUGUCAAUAAAACUCUCAUGCAGAUUCAGUAUGAUGGUAUCACGAAUCAAAGGGUAACGACUGUUGUUUGGAGCAAGUCUACUAGAGUUGCUCUUUUAUAAUUGCGAUAUAUGGAUGUUUGAACCAGUUCAAUUUGUAGGAAAUUGGAGAAAGAAUUAUCAAAGGGAAAAACCCAUUUCCUAGAAUCAUGUGGUUUGCCUAUAAGCACAUAUUUUAGUGCAUUGAAGCUCUUAUGGCUGUUGGAAAAUGUAGAUGUUGUGAAAGACGCUGUUAAGAAAGGGGAUGCUCUUUUUGGAACCAUAGAUUCUUGGUUAAUCUGGAAUUUAACUAGAGGUGUUGAUAAUGGUGUACAUGUGACUGAUGUCUCUAAUGCAUCAAGAACCAUGCUUAUGAUCUUGAAAACACUCAAUUGGGAUGGAUCUACGUUGGAAACACUAAAGAUUCCCAAGGAGAUUUUACCGAAAAUUAUGAGCAAUGCUGAGGUUAUUGGUCAUGAAGGAAAAGGAUGGUUGAUUCCUAGAAUUCCAAUUUCUGGAUGUUUAGGUGAUCAACAUGCAGCAAUGUUGGGUCAAUCUUGUAGGAAAGGAGAAGCCAAAAGCACUUAUGGAACAGGUGCUUUUAUACUUCUUAAUACAGGCGAAGAAGCGAUUCAAUCAACACAUGGGUUGUUGACCACUUUAGCCUUCAAGAUUGGAAAAGAUGCUCCUACAAAUGACGCUCUGCAGGGCUCAAUUGCCAUUGCUGGAGCUGUUGUUCCGUGGCUCAGAGACAGUUUAGGUAGUGAAAUUGAAGAUUUGGCUUCAAAGGUUGACUCAACUGGUGGUGUUUACUUUGUUCCAGCUUUCAAUGGGCUUUUUGCACCAUGGUGGCGUGAUGAUGCCCGUGGUGUUUGCAUUGGGAUUACAAGGUUUACAAACAAAUCUCAUAUAGUCAGGGCUGUUCUUGAGAGUAUGUGCUUUCAAGUGAAAAAUGUGUUGGAUUCAAUGCAUAAAGAUGCCGGUGAGAAGGGGGAACUCAAAAACGAAAAGGGACAGUUCUUGCUUAGGGUGGAUGCGGUUGGAGUUUGGACAGAAGAAGAGAUAUUUUCAAACGGCGAGAGAAUGAAGAAAGACACCACUUUCAAUCCCGUCUUGAAUGAGAAGUUGAGAAAGAAGAAAGUAGCCUCUUGGUGUAAAGCAGUGGAAAAAACUUUUGAUUUGGCUGAUUUGUCCAUCUAAACCAGAAAACCGCAUAGAAAACCGCAUUCAACAGCUUUUCUUUUCU